CCACUCUCGUCUCGUUUUCUCGUCCGUGUCCUAUCAGUGUCUGGUCAUCGCAUUUUUGCCCGAGCUCAUCGCCUGUACGAUGCCGCCAACUAACGGGAGUGACGAGGAGCAGUCCGCAGAGGCCAAGCCUUCGACAUCGACCUCGAACCCGUCUGCCACUGGGAGCAGCACCAGCUCUAUAUUGAAGGAGAGGCGGUUCAAGCUCAGCAGAGCGUGCGAUCGGUGUCGGCGUCGUAGGAUCAAGUGCGACGAAGGGCACCCAUGCCAGUCAUGUCUCACAUCCAACUCGUCAUGUACAUUCGAGGAGCCGGGCAAGCGGACACACCCGCACAAGUCAAAUUUGAGCGCUCUACGAGAAGUAAAGAGACACCCCGCCCUGUGUCUCUGGUCUGCGCUGGCGUUCAGUCGGGCAGCAGACGAAUUAUCGGCAAGCGCUUUCGCGAAGUGCACACAGGGGUCGGGUGGGCUCGGGUGGCCUAAGCACUCGCUUCUCCAGGAUGGUUGGGGAGCCGUCAUUGUAUUUGGUAGAACCCAUGGAGAAAGCUGAGCAGUGGGUUCCGCGCUUUCUCGUUACGAGAAACGGGCACGGAAACGGACGUCCAUGAUACCAGUGAUGACGUCUGCUCGGAUAUAGUUUGCAGGCACCGUUGGCGGAUUGAGC